AGCAUUUGCUUGUCGAAAAUCCAGGUUUUUUUUUCUCCCUUUCUCUUUUUUAAAAGGCUUUUCAUAAUGAGCAACUCUUCUUGCAUUUGAAGGGUUGAAUCUUUUCUGAAAAAGUUUGGUAAGGCCAGGCAUUUGAACACUCAAUCAUAUGCAGCAGAACCAGGCACAUGGAGGACAGCUGACUCCACAGAACCAGGGACUUGGGUUUUGCAAUGGAACAAAUAUGGUUGCUGUUGCUUCUAACAAUUGGAGUGCUUCUGGGGUCUGCUCAGUUUAAUGGCUACAACUGUGAUGCCAACCUCCACAGUAGAUUUCCUGCUGAAAGAGACAUCAAUGUCUACUGUGGGGUGCAGACCAUUACAAUGAAGAUUAAUUUUUGCACCGUACUUUUUUCCGGUUAUUCUGAAACUGAUCUGGCGCUGAAUGGAAGGCAUGGGGACUCCCACUGCAGGGGGUUCAUCAAUAACAACACCUUUCCCGCAGUGGUCAUUUUCAUCAUCAAUCUCAGCACCUUGGAGGGCUGUGGAAACAACUUAGUGGUAUCCACAAUUUCUGGAGUCAGUGCUUAUGGAAAUGCAACUUCAGUACAAAUAGGAAAUAUUUCAGGAUACAUUGAUACUCCAGACCCACCAACAAUCAUCAGCUAUCUACCUGGGCUUCUUUACAAAUUUAGUUGUAGUUACCCACUGGAAUACCUGGUUAAUAAUACUCAGCUUGCCUCGUCCUCAGCUGCUAUUUCUGUGAGAGAGAACAAUGGUACAUUUGUCAGCACUUUGAACCUGCUCCUUUAUAAUGAUUCAACCUACAGUCAGCAGUUAAUUAUCCCAAGUAUCGGAUUACCUUUGAAAACCAAAGUAUUUGCAGCUGUACAAGCCACUAAUCUGGAUGGCAGAUGGAAUGUCUUAAUGGAUUAUUGCUACACAACCCCAUCAGGGAACCCAAAUGAUGAUAUUCGAUAUGAUCUCUUCCUUAGCUGUGACAAAGAUCCUCAGACCACCAUCAUUGAAAAUGGCAGAAGCCAGCAGGGCCGGUUUUCCUUUGAAGUGUUCCGAUUUGUGAAACACAAGAAUCAGAAAAUGUCCACCGUCUUCCUGCACUGUGUUACCAAGCUCUGCAGAGCUGAUGACUGCCCCUUCCUUAUGCCUGUUUGCAGCCACAGAGAAAGGAGAGAUGCGGGGAGGAGGACCACUUGGAGUCCCCGGAGCACGUCCGGAAACGCCAUCCUCUCUGCUGGUCCCAUCAUUACUCGGAGUGAUGAGACUCCAACCAACAAUUCACAGCUUGGUUCUCCAAGUGAACCUCCUUUCCAACUGAAUGCCGUCACCAGUGCACUGAUAUCAGGAAUGGUCAUUCUGGGAGUCAUGAGCUUUUCCCUUCUCCUGUGCUCACUGGCCCUUCUACAUAGAAAGGCACCCACCAGUUUGGUGUUGAAUGGCAUAAGAAACCCAGUCUUUGACUGACUGUAACAGGUCCCUCCUCUUGGGAGAAGGAUUCACUGACCAUACCAUGGGUGACUGGUCAGUGUUUCAUCCAAACUGAAUGCCAGCCAGCAUUUGAUAUUUGUAGGCUUGAUAGAUUUCAGUGUAGCUCAUUAGCAUGAUGAUAGUGAAAGAAUUUUGAUGAUACUGUUCUUGUCACUUAUGUAUGUGGUCAGCCCGAUUUAUAUGGCACCAAUGGGUAUAAUGACAAUAAGCAAACAAUAUUCAGGACUUAGAUCUUACAGGAUCAGUCAUAUUUCAUUUUAUUUCAAUUUUCUUUUGAUUAUUGGUUGUUAUAGAGAUAAAAGAUGGGCAUAGAAAAAAUACAUUUGUUACAUUUUUCCCCCUAAACGUUAAAACCCAGUGUGAUGGCAUUUAGAUUUGUAUAUGUGGUCCUAAAAUGAAAGUUACUUUUUUGUUUUAUUCCAGAUAAUUCCAGCUUGGGGAUAUGUUUUAAUUGGACUGGCCAAUUUGGACACCUGAGAUUUAAUUACUUAUUCUAUGAUCUGUGUUUUUGGCUGAUUUCCAUGUCUGAUGACAUUCAUUAAAAAAACAAAACAAAACAACAAACUCUUGGGAAAUGUAUCUUAACCUGGAGCAUCUACUUGUGUAGCAAACAGUAAAAAUAGUCAUUAACCUCUAACGGAUACUAGGUGACCGUAGAUCAUUAUUCAUUUGGAUAGAAAUGGCUGUGAUCAGUUUUCUCCUGGUUCAAGGGAGAACAUCAGCACAUGUUGACUCUCCUCCCAGGUAAACAGCUCAGCUGCUUUUGCAGCUGUGCUUCCAGCAGGGAGGCAACUAUAAAGAUCAUUAUUCUUCAUUCAAGAGCCAUUACAUGGGAAAACAAACCAUCGCUGUGGGAGAGGACAGUGUCCCCACACAUACACGUAGGGUUCCCAUGGGGGUUUUUAACAACCUAGCUUCCCUUUUUCCCCCCUAUGACAAAGAGGAAGCAGGGUAAGUGUGUUUUGAAGAACAUUGUUGGAGUCUCUAUGAAAAAAAUGUCCUUUUCCCACAAAUUUCUGAUGCUGGCUAAACAAAGAAUCUGGAGGACCCCUACUCGUUCAGGUGUCUUCUUGAAAGUAUCAUGAUUGCCAUGGAAUAAACAGUAUUUUCCUAUGUAGUAAACUGUGGUCCUUUAUCAGUUUUGCAAAAAUUUUUUAAAAGCCAAGUUUUAAGCAACCUAUGUUCUUACAAAAAAAAAAAAAUCAACCUUCCCUUUUUUCAGCCUAUGUACUCAACUGAAUAGAACAUUUCAGAGACAAACAUCAAAACCUAGAAUGUGUGGCUACUUGAAGUGCUAUGUUACCUGUAACCACUGCUGUAGAGACUAAUUUCUAUUCAACAUUUGUGACCCAUUAUUCAGAACUUAAUUUACUAUAUUAUAUGCAAAUCAUUAUGCAAUUUUAAAUUUGUUUCAAAUGAAGUAGCUAUGCUCUGAAAUUAAUAAUUAAAUCAAUCAUCAAAUCAAAAAACACCUUUUCUCCAAUUUGCCUGAACAGAUCAGAAGAAAGUGUUUAUAUUAUAAUCAUUAGUUAUAUGAUUCCCUCAACUUUCUCUUUCAAGGUUUAGAUACAGUCAAAGUGAAAUGGGAUCUGGAAAGUCUUUGGAUAAUUUAUCCAAUAUUAAAAAAGUCUAACACUUAAAAAGCCAAACUCCUCUUUCCUGUGUUACUUCAAAAUCCCUUUGAAGUGACCAUUCUGAACUUUAUCUGUAUUAAAAAUUUAUUUUAUACUUUAAAGGGAAAAAUCUUACAGAAAAAAAAAAAGUAUGGACCAUGGAUGCGACUUAUGUGACCUUAUAUGUACAUGGAUAGUGUUAAAAUAGUCUAGUAAAUCUAUUUCAGAUCCUUUAAGUGAAUUCACAUUAAUCUGAGGAUUAAGUCCUGUGAAUAGGACUUUAUCACUGAAACCAGUUGGUCAGUUUGAUUUUGUGCUUUGGGGAUGGCAACUGUUUCAGGUGUUGACCUUUUACAUUCUAUAUACCACUUUUUAAAAAUUGAAUAAUGGACACAUUAUUUUGCAAGCAACUUACAUCUCACAUUAUUUUUUUGCCACCCUGUCACCAUAAAUGGGAGGAUCAGAGCUAUAAUGAGACAAACCCAUUUUGUUUUAUAUAGCUUUGUUCUUCUCAACCUGCAAUUAUAUGUAGUAUUUAGUUGCACUGAAUAUUUUGGUUACUAUAGUGUAAAAGCCUUACAAAAUAUGUGCAAAUGUUCCUUCAGUUUUAAUACCUCAAACUGUUUUUUUUUUUUUUUUUUUUGUACUUCAGGGGUAAGGUCUGAUGACAUGUA